AUGCUCAGAAGGGCACUCAAUCGCUCGUUGCUGGGAGCCAGACCGCUCUUGCUGACUCCCCGCAUUGCCCCGCCAAUUUCAAGAUCACCCCACUAUCAGUUACAGUACCGAUACUCAACUCAGCAGCCCCCAGGGAAGAAUCCCCAAGACUCUCCCGCUACCGAUUCCAACCCAAUUUUGCCCGCAGAUGCAAAUGCCUCCCUGCUCUCUUCGGAUUCCACACCCACACCGCCACAGGAAUCUUCCCCAUCGAGCUCGACGUCCAACCCCCCGCCACUGGAAUCACAGCUCCCGGAGCUGGAAUUGUUUCUGAAGGAAACCGAGAAGGCCGAGAAGGCCGAGAAGGCUAGCUCCGGCGGCGGAGGAAGCGGAGGAAAGGCAGGCAGUGGUGGAGGACUGGGGAGGGGAGAGGGUCUACCCAAAUCUGCGUACGUCUCCUCCACAGAUCGAAAGCGGGAACGUCUAGCCCGAGUUGUGUUCGGCUCAUUCAUAGUCUCUCUCAUCGGCGGUACACUCUACAUGGGCCGGGAAUUAGACGAUGUGGAAAGGAAGUACUACAAAGACCUCCAACAGGGCUGGGGAGCAUCCGCCUUCUAUGCACGAUUAAGGGCGCGAACGAACGACCUCCUAAACUUCUACAACGAGCCACCCUUCGAGAAGCUCCUGCCGGACCCACUGCCGGACUACUCGCGCCCCUACACGCUUGUCAUUUCCCUCGAGGAUGUCUGCGUGCACAGCACCUGGGACCGCGAGCACGGGUGGAGAAUCGCGAAGCGUCCAGGUCUAGACUACUUCCUCGCCUACCUAUUCCAAUACUACGAAGUAGUAGUCUUUACAAGCCAGCACGAACAAACCGCCGCCCCUAUAAUCCAGAAAAUGGACCAGUACCCAGGAUACAUCAUGUACCCGCUCUUCCGCGCGCACACACGCUACAAGGACGGGAAGUACAUCAAGGACCUCAACUACCUUAACCGUGACCUAUCGAAAGUCGUAAUGCUUGAGGCGAACCCCGACGCUUGGUCCGAGAACCCAAACAACACGAUAAAGAUGAAGCCCUGGGACGGCGAUCCGAAAGACAAAGAGCUGAUUUCCCUGAUCCCAUUCCUGGAAUACAUCGCUGCGAUGGGCAUCUCCGAUGUCAGGCCCGUGAUCAAGAGCUUCGGCGAUAAGCACGUCCCCACCGAAUUCUCCCGCCGCGAGGCGGCCGCGCGCGCAGAACAUAUGAAGCGCGUGGAGGAGCAGCGCAAGGGUCGCAGGGGCACCGCCGGCGGCGCCCUACUCGGCGCACUAGGAAUGAACAGGCAGUCCGCCAAUGAGGAAAAGACGUUCAUAGACCUGGCCAGGGAACGCGGUUUGCAAGGCUACCACGAUAUGCAGAAGCACAUCGAGGACCACAAGGAGGAAAUGCUCCAGGAGCAGAAGAAGAUGGAGAAGGAGGCGGCGGAAAUGAUGAAGACGAGUCUGAGUAAAAUCUUUACCGAGGUACUUUAUUCCCCUAUAUACGAGCUUACUCACUCAGCGUCUGGUACUGAUCUUUUCAUUUAAAGGGUCUGCCUAAGCCCCCAGGGGCACAAUGAACCCCCUCCUCCGAAUUAACUUCACUUGGGUAGUCAUCUACAGUUCUCCACUCUGUGCUUAAUCCGCUUUACGAAUCAAUCUGGCAGGCUUCACCUUUUUCCAUCUCCUGUUUCUCUCUUUUUUUUCCAUUUUUCUUUAAAACAAAAAAAUCGGUCUGUGGAAAUUGUUUUCUGUUUGUUUAUAUACUUGUUGAGAUUGGGGGUGGGGAGUAGGUGAUUAGCGUACGUAUGUAUUAUUAGUUGUACUAUAGAUGAGCGUUUGGCAUGACUUUGCUAAUUGUAACUUAAAUGGAAACCAGGCGAAGCUUCAAAGUAUACAUAGAUUGUUCUUUCCUUUGACCUUUUCCUCUUUUUAUUUAUGUGGGACGGAGUAAUAUGAUGUUUGGUGUGUGGGUGGUGUUAUCCCUGGAGAGCGAGGAAAAUCGCAAAACCUACAUUUCACGAGA